AUGGCAUCCAAUCAACCCGUACAUUCGGUUCUCUUUGACAAUUCAGCACCUCAGGGCGGUGGUGGUGGUUACUAUGAUUCGCCUGGAGGUGGUGGUGCUGGUGCUGACGGUCUUCAAUUCUACAACUCUUCCUAUGGCGAUCAGUAUACUUCAUCAUCCUAUUAUGCUCAACCUCCUCCUGCUGCAUCGGGUGACAUGCGUGGCCCUGGCUUCGACUAUCAAUCAGGUUCCUUUUGGAGUGCAUUUGGUACUGGCGGAUUUGCAGAUGAGCCACCCCUUCUCGAAGAGCUUGGUAUCAACUUUGAUCAUAUCAAGACAAAGAGCUUGACUGUAUUGAAUCCCAUUCGAGCUGUGCCCGAUACAAUCAUGGAUGAUGCGGAUAUGGCAGGCCCACUAUUGUUUGUAUUUUUAUUUGGUAUCUUUUUGAUGCUUUCAGGCAAGGUCCAUUUCGGUUACAUUUAUGGCGUCGGCUUACUUGGCGUGGUCUCUAUCUUUUUGAUCCUGAAUAUGAUGAGUGAAACGGGUAUCGAUUGGUCAAGGACAGCGAGUGUCCUCGGUUAUUGCUUGCUUCCAAUGGUCAUGUUGAGUGGGUUCAGUGUCGUACUUCCAUUGGGUGGAUUCGUCGGUUUGCUGCUUACGGCUGUUAGCAUUCUAUGGUGCACUUAUUCAAGCUCUGGCAUGUUCACAAGCGUUUUGCAUAUGAGCGAACAGCGCUUCCUUGUCGCAUACCCUGUCGGUCUCUUUUACGCUUGCUUUGCUUUGAUGACCGUUUAUUAG